GUUUAGGAAAACAGUUGGAAUUUACUUUCGCCCAAGAAAUGAAUAUUUUGAGUCAAUUUCGUGGGUCAUUUCGCUUCGUGUGGGUGUCAGUCCUGCCAAAACAAAAACCGAUCAAAUGUCAAAUUCUUGACAUUCGCACUUAUUUACUCAAUUUUCACCUCAAAUCGUCUUACAUUUCGCACAAUGUGUUUGAAAGUGUCGUUUUCGUCCCCAAAUUAGGUGAUUUUCGCGUUGCAAACACCCCAAGGUUGUUUCAAAUCAAUAAUGUAGUGACAAUGCCUCAGGAGGCGUAAUAAGCUAUUGAGGUGUCUCGAGUGGCCCCCAUUAUGGAGGAUAGUUUGAGCGUGAAAUCAAAUGAGUCGGUGGCAACGAGCGAAGAGUUUGAUUUUGUCAGUGACAAGCCAACGAAUAAAACCCCAACGUUGGAUAUUAAAGGAGAUCUGAGCGAGUUGAAGAGUGCCUUGACGGAGGUGUUGCAGGAAUCUGGGAGGAAUAUGGAUGAGGUGGAUGCUAAGGAGAAGAAGAUUGGUCAUUCGACCUUCUACGGGUGUUUGGUGGAGCCGGGGAAGGACCCGCUGUCAAGGACGGGGGAGGACAGUCCGGGGGAAAAACAGGAUUCGAUUAAGCAGGAUUCGAACGAAGAGGAGGAAGAUAUCGAUCAAGAUUGUACGAUUUUCGCUGGCGUGACGUAUUUGGGCGCCGCCGCUAUAAACGCCCCCAAAUCCGAAGCCGAAAUCCAACGAAACAUGACCAUAUUAAACGAACAAAGUUCGGAACAAGGUAUUAAAGUGUCCGUUUCGGUGCCAUGCUCAUCGCAGGGGUUUGUGGUUCUAUACGACGCCAACUCGAAUUCGGUGAUUUCCCGUUACGAAAUACACCGUAUUUUGUUUUACGCUCGGGGGGCUGUCGAUGGUAGCGAAGCCGGUUGUUUCGCCUUUACUUGGUCACAUGGUGAUACGCAAGAAUCCGCCAUUUUUCAGUGCCAUGUUUUCCGAUGUGACAUAGCCGAAGCGGUGUCACGUGUCUCAGCUUGUUUUGCGAAGGCGUUUCAAAGAGUGCCACGAUCAAUGAGUAGUUCAGUCACGUCGGCGUUGGAUAUGACGGGGUCUAUUACAACAAUACCUGAAGCCAGGACUUUAAUGUAUGUGUUUGAAGUCAGUUUGGAGAUUAAAGAGGAUGAUGGGAAGGGAACCUUCUCAACUGUGGGGAAAGACAGGUCCGGUUUUAAAUUGAAAACAAAUUUAGAGAAACAAUUGUGUUUGAGUAUACGUCAAGUGUCGGAUAAUGGGCCCCAAUUGCACAUCGAGCGUUGUUUCGGGGUGCUUGUGGCACCCGGCCGGCAUGUGCGUCAUUCCGACAUGCAACUACUCGAAAUGAAAGAACAAGUUCCGUCGAAUAAUUCCUGUACUUUAAUUUCGGCAACUUGGGAUCCGACCGAACCAUCGUUCGAGGCAUUAAAUCAAGAAACACCAAAAGAUGUGAAACAAUUCAUGACAGUCGCUGUAGAUUUAGUGAUACGGGGAAUACAGGAACCUGUAAGAUUUCAAAUCGAAACACCGGUACGAAUUUUCGGACAAAACGAGCGAAAUUUCUGGUAUUUUCAGAAGAGGUCGCUUGUGCAACAAUUUUUUUUGAAUCUCAAAGAGGUAAGUGAAAAAAAAAACUAG